AUGUCAGCCACUCGGUGCAGCCAGCCCAUGGACGAGGCCCACGACCCUUGCGCCUACUGGGUCGAGACAGGGCUAACGGACUGUCGGUUGAAAAUCAUUCGCGUGAUGGCCGCUGAAACCGACAUGGAUGACGCCGCACUCUACGCAAAGGAUCUUCUCUUCAUGUGGAUGCAAUACGCGCGAGAAGAGUCCGGGCAAACCAUCCGCAAAUACGGCGUCAUCCUAUGGGGCGAUUCGGUGCGUCUGUACACGGAACUCCCUAAGUCUCACUACAACUAUCAAGACGGCAUCCUGUGCUACCAGCACGACAAUCGGGAGGUGUUCUGCUCGCGGCGCGACGAGGCAAUCUUCGCCGAAUUUCUUGAGAUUGUGCGGAUCUUGCAGGAGCGGGAUAACUCAAUGAGGGCUGCCGGUCCAAGUAAUAACUGCAUAGUUGAGACUACUGAGGUCGUACCUCGACAGUUCUUCCCGGUUCCUGACAUGAGUGAGAAUCGAACUAUGCCAUCUCCACCUCCAUUUCCGUUACCCGGUGUUGCCGAAGACGACGAGGCCAAUGAUCCGGACUAUGUGGGCAAUGAUGAUGAUGAUGAUGAUGAUGAUGAUGAUGAUGAUGAGACGAGCGUGUCGUCUUCGGAGGAGGACCAGUGCAUCGUACUGGAUCCGACCACCGAGGUGACUAUGAAGGAUUGCCAGACCGGUGAGGAGCUGGUGGAGUGGGUUGUGUACGUCUCUGGUGAUCAGGUCGUAUGGCAUAUGAGGCCCGUUCAGUUUAGUUUGCCCAUUCGGUAA